CCGCCGGACACCAAGCUCUCCAAGCUGGACGUGCUCGUCCUGGCCACCAGCUACAUCGCCCACCUGACCCACACCUUGCACCAGGGCCAGCCGCCCCCCGAGGCAGCCCCACUGGCGAGGGCACCUAGCUUCCUGCACCCCAUGAAGAAAUGGCCCAUGCGGUCCCGUCUCUACGCUGGAGCCUGGAGCGCGGAUGUUGCUGACGUGCCUGCAGCUGCCCCCGCAGCCCCCAGCAGCAGG